CUGACAACUACGCAUGAAUAAUAAGGCUGAAAGACAAGGCUCACUUCAGGAUCAACAUGGCGAACACUCUUCCCCACGAGAUCAAGAGACUUAUCUUCGACCAUGCAGACCUUGAGACCGCCAAAGCUCUCCGUCUCGUCUCGUCUUCGUGGGCAGUUGUUGGCCUCGACAUCCUAUUCCUCCAUACAUUCGUGAUCAAGUCCUAUCCCACCGAUCUCCAACGUCUCAUCAACAUUGGAAAUAACCACAAUACAGCUGUACAGGCAGCCAAGAUUAUAAAUACCUUGGAAUUCAGAGACAAAGAAUACGACCCCACCAUGGUACGAACGAUCUUCUGCUCUCGCCAUGUCCAAGUUGCCAGUUUCCAGAAGACGGAUUUCGUCCCAAAUCAGUUCGAGAACGCGUCACUAGAUGAAAUCGAUACUGUCAUUGCGCAGAGAGAUCAAGACGACAGUUUCAUGAAUGAAAAGGGAGAAACAUUCUUGAUCGAGGCCUUUCGAAAUGUACCUAGGGUCGAGACGAUCAAGUUCACCCAUCCAAACCCGUUUGAGCAGCCUCUAUUGAAGAAAGUCUGGGCCGAGUACGAUUUCCAAUUAUACGAUCAUAGACCCGUGCCCAAAUGUCUACAGCUAUCAUCUAUAUUAUCGGCACUGAAACACUCUGGAAUGAGAAUCAAGCAUUUUACCCACGGCCGUUACAACUCCAACCUGUUCUCCCCAACUACAGGACUCCGCCUAUCCCAAUACCUCACCGAGCUCAGAAGUCUAAACCUAUCUAUCUUCGACCUCAACAACAUCCAUCCAGACUUAGAAGACCAAGAAACAGGCGUCGGCGCCACCAUACAGAAUAUACUCCUCGUCAAUCCAGCCUUAGAAGAACUCCGAAUGAGCUUCGACUGCGUCGAGCGACCACACAUCAACUCCCUCCCAACCAUCUCAUCUAGCCACCUCAAGACGCUCGCGCUAAGAUCUAUCGCCAUCCGCGCCACCGACCUGCUCUCCUUCCUCUCCGCCAACGCGGCAACGUUGCAACGCGUCAGCAUCUCGCACGCCGAGAUGAUCGACUCGGAUUCCACCUGGAAAGACUUCCUCGAGCAAAUGAGAGCAAACAGCGAUUUUGCGCUCGAGAAGUUCCAGUUAAGUGGUUUGGUCAGGAGUAUGUCUGAGACGUGGCUGCUGUGGCCGAUUUACGAUGCCGAGUGGAAGGAGUAUGAGAAUUUGGAUUGGGCGAAGGUGAGGGGUGUGGAGGGGACUUCGCACUUGACGAGGGCGCUCGAGGGGUUUGUGAUGCGGAGUGGGGAGUGGCCGCGUGAGUCGCUGGAGAUUAGCCCGGAGUUGGGACUGACUUGAGGUGGAAUGGAGGCUAUUCAAAUAGAAGGGAACGGUGAGCAGCAUCUUGAAGUCUCAAGCGCUAUAUUCUUAUAAAAUUCGACUUCAAUACAUUUAAGCUUGGGGCUGGAAGAUAUAGCAUAGUCAAAUCUUUGGGACGCUGGACGUCCCGAAUAAGUUGAGGACAUGGGUAAAGAACUCGAAACCCGGGCAAUGGGAUAUUCCUGAGAGCGCAAAAGGAAAACAUAUCAAAGACAAAAAGACAACCCAGAAUAGAGCAUCA